AUGGGGUCGAUACUCAAACAGGAGACAUUGGGAGAACCCAGCUCAGGGGAAGGGAGGAGUCGGCGGAACAGUUCAGUGGCGUUCAGGGAUGAGGUGGAGGUGAUAGGCGAGGAGGACUUCUACUCGCUGCCAGACCGCCCCACACGCCUGCCCGCAGUCAUCACCCACAACGAGUCUCCCUCACGACGCAAGGAGGAUUACCCGACGAAAAGGAGACGACCUCGAGGAGUGACAGAUAGAAUGAGGCAUGGAGACACCAGAUACGACCAGCGGCAGCAGGAAAGGCGAGGAGGUGGGCCAGCUGACAGGAGGUCGAGGAGAUUAAAUAAAACUAAGGAUGUGAGAAGGAACAGAAAAGUUGCUUCCCAUGUGGCAAUGCCCGAUAUCCGGAUCACUGACGCUGACCACGACCUGAACGAACUGUACGGGAGUGACUACGACGAAGUGCUGCAUGGGAUGUGGAUGGAGGAAGCGGAACAGCAGCGAACGCUUUACGAAACAGAGAUUCAGAGACAGCAGCAGCAGGACGACAGUCGCCCCCAUGAAAUUAAAGAAGAGGAGGAUGAAGAAGCCAAAGACUACAACAUACCCAGAUCACAAGAAAAUGAAGGCACAAUGACCCUGAAAGAAAACUACAACGGAAUUCUACCUGAGCUUCAGCCACGGAAACUUGCUUGGAGCGAGGAAGAAAACGAUGUCGAGAGUGAUUUCAAGGAUAGGAAAGGGAACACGACUGACAAACGAGGGGAGUCUAGAAAACAAGGUGCGAGGGAGAGAAAGAAAAAAAGGAAGCGAGGAUCCCGCAGUCAUCCAUCAAGCCGAGAUGAGACAGACAUCGAAGACCAGAAAGUUUCUCCUGCAAUUCCUUUUUCGAACAAACUUAAGAGAAAAGAAUGUAUACAAGACAAAACUUUGCACAAUGGAGGACUUGAAGACACAGAUUCAGGAGGUUCUCAGAAAUAUCUCCAGACGAAGUCCUUCAGAAGAUUGUUCAUUCCAUCCCUGGCCGUUUGA